AAGGAGUAUGAUUUGAAAUCAGUUUAUUUAAAAACUGUGUAAACAUUGUCAGUAACAGAUCCGUCUUUUUAAAGAGAUAAUGUCAACAGAUAAAAUUAAGAAAUUAUUGCUAAAACGCCGACUAUUAUUUUGAAAGCUGUAAGCGGAAAUGUCUUUCUGGGAAGCUUGACGAUAAAUGUAGUUAGAUUCCUCUUCGUUCUGUGACAGCCUAAUGUCGUUCGUGUUUGUUUCAUUUUUUGAUUUUCCCGUCACAUUUUGGUCCUGCUCUCUGUUCCCCAUGAUGCCCGUCGUCCCCGUCCUGUCCGCCGUCUCUCUGGCGCUGCUGUCUCUUUGUCCAACAGCCCUGUCUGCGCGUAGAGACGUGCUCGAGCUCGGGGACGCGGACUUCGACUACCUGGCAACGGAGCACGAGACCAUGCUGGUGAAGUUCUACGCUCCAUGGUGCGGCCACUGUAAGAAACUGGCUCCAGAGUUUGAAAAAGCAGCAAGUCGGCUGAAAGGACUCGUUCAGUUGGCCAAGGUGGACUGCACUGCUAACUCGGACACCUGUGGUCGUUUUGGUGUUACUGGGUAUCCUACUCUGAAGAUCUUCAGGUCUGGCAAGGACUCUGCUCCCUAUGAUGGGCCUCGCACUGCAAAUGGGAUCUACAACUACAUGAAGAAGCAGACUGGUCCAGACUCGGUCCACCUGAAGAGUAAAGAAGACCUCCAGAACUUCGUCAACAACUAUGAUGCCAGCAUUGUUGGUGUUUUCUCAGGUACUGAAGCCUUGCGUCUGGCUGAGUUUCUGAAGGCAGCCAGUCUGUUGAGAGAACAGUUCAGAUUUGCUCACAUCACUGAUCUGCAGAUCUCUGAGGAGCACACUCAAACCGAGAGCGUGUUACUCUUCAGACCUCCAAGACUGUCCAACGCGUUUGAGGACAGUGUCGUGGUCUUCAAAGAUUAUUUGACCAUCAGCUCUCUGAGACGCUUCAUCAGAGAUCACAUCUAUGGUCUGUGUCCUCACAUGACUGUGGAGAACAGAGAUCGUCUCAGGGUUCGUGACUUGCUGACGGCAUACUACGACCUAGACUAUCAUCACAAUGUCAGAGGGUCCAACUACUGGAGGAACAGGGUGAUGAAGGUAGCAUCCAAAUACGCUGGGCGUGGCCUAAUGUUCUCAGUAGCCAAUAAGGGGGACUUCCAAGCUGAGCUGGAGGACGACUACGGUCUAGGAACGUCAGAUGGAGUCGAGUUACCGUUUGUCACGAUCCGGACCAAGCUGGGCCACAAGUACACCAUGAGGGAGGAGUUCACGAGGGAUGGUCAGUCACUAGAGAGGUUUCUGGAGGAUUAUUUUGCAGGUCGUCUCAAACGUUACAUCAGAUCAGAACCAGUACCUGAGAAGAACACUGCUCCUGUCAAGGCUGUUGUUGCUGAGUCGUUUGAUGAAAUUGUUAAUGAUCCAGAUAAGGAUGUUCUGAUCCAGUUUUACUCUCCAUCGUGUCCACACUGCAAAAGGCUGGAACCAGUUUACAGAGAGCUGGCAGAAACGUUGUAUUCUGACACAAACAUCGUCAUCGCCAAGAUGAAUGCCGUCGAAAACGACGUCCCACUGGGAUAUGAUGUCCAAGGCUUUCCAACUAUUUAUUUUGCUCCAGUGGGUAAAAAAGACGAUCCUGUUCGAUACCAGGGCACUCGAGAGCUGAAAGACUUCUUGAAGUUCCUGAAACGCGAGGCAAGUCACAAUCUUGUGCUCCCUGGGUUUAAGGACGAACUGUGACACUUGUUCACCCACCGAUUUUAAGCGAAAGAGAAUAAAACACUCUGUCAGUGACAGACACAUCAAGGGACAAGACCAGUUCUGCUCUUUUUGAUGGACCUGAUGCAGAAUCAGUCUGAACUUCCACAGGUCCACUGAGAUCUCUUUAUGCCCCGAAUCCCCACCUUACUUGUUAUAUUGCCUCACUAGAUGAAUUAAUUGAUUGAUUAUUCAUUUAUUUAUAGAACCAUCUCUUAUGCAAUGAGUUAAUUUGUAUUUUAAGCAACGUUGUAAUGCAUAUGUUACAAUAUUUAUCAUAUGUGAUUUGUAUAUGGUGCUUUGCUGUAUUUAUGUAUUUAUUUCUAAUUUAUUAGAGACUAAGCCUUGUGAUGAACUAAGAGAAGUGUUGAUACUGUUGAAGAAAUCUGCUCUGAGCCUUUUUCCUCUCAGUGAAGCUCUGCUGGGACUGUUUAAUAAAUUCUUAAUUCACAUCUGACUGUUGAUUAAGAGUUUGUGUUGUUCUAAAUAGAUUAUGGUAUGGAGCUGUCUAGGUUUGCUUUAAAAUCUGAUUUACUAUUAUUUUUUUAUUAUUAAAUGCAAAGAUAUGUU